CAUCACACAGCACGUACAGGACAGCCAGGGGAUCAGGCCCAGCCAGCAUGGGUUUGUGAAAGGUUGCACAAAUCCAGAGAGCUGUGAUUUUUCCAGUCUUGUGUCUCCAUUGUUCUGUAUUCAUAAAGAACCAGCACCCCCUCCUGAUGAAUGUGGCGAGUUACACAGAUGGUCAUCAGCUACAGUUCCUGCCUAGAAAUCUUUAAACUGCUUCUAAAUUCUGCUCAGUUCAGCUCUUGUACAGCUACUCACACAGAGCUGGGGAAAAAGUCAGCUGGCCACCAGCUCAAAAGAUGGAUUUGAUUUCAGAAAUGACUGAACACAUGCCGCCUCCUCCAGCAAGCCAUGGGAGGACAACAUCAAUCUCCUCAGUAGCUGCAAGAGCGGGAUGUUCAUGUGCCCACUGCCAUCUCCCAAAACCUGUUAUCCCACUCGUGCCGAGAAGAUAAGGAAGAUGGGUAUUUACCUCACAUGCUCCAUCACCAAGAGACUGCUGGGGAGCUUGGACCACUCCAGGAGUUGGAUGACGCCAUGAAACCCACUGGACAUGUUGAAUCUUCUGCCAAAUCAUGUUUGCUCUUCUCAAGGACCUGUCCUGGAGAACUGGGUCGAGCUUCUGUCCCGCACCAGCAACAUGACGGUUGAGCGCUGUGAAUGUGGCCUCUAUGGCUUUCAUUCUCCUCUACUGAGUGCCCAGGGGCUCGUGAGCAUUCCGACAUCUGAUAAUUAUCAAGCCUGCGACAAAAAUACUCAGUUCACCGUCACCAGCGAGCCGUGGAUAGCACUGAUCGAAAGAGGCAAUUGCAGUUUUACUGAAAAAAUUCGGGUGGCAACCAGAAGGGGUGCAACAGCAGCCGUGAUCUACAAUUCACAAGACCAAGGCAACCGCCCUCUCACGAUGUUGCAUCCUGGUGCUGAAAAGAUUGUUGCAAUUAUGAUCGGCAACCUGAAAGGCAUGGAGAUCCUACGGCGGAUUCAGAGCGGCAUGAAAGUGACAAUGCUCAUCGAGGUGGGGAAAAAGCGCAGCCUCUCCAUGAAUAUCUUCACCAUCCUCUUCAUCUCGGUGUCGUUUUUCGUUGUUGCAGCAGCAACCUUGGGCUGCUACGUCUCUUACUCUGCUCGGAGACUCAUUGUUGCAAGGGCCCAGUCCAGGGAGCAGCGACGACUACGGGCCAGGGCUAAGAAGGCCAUUGAGGAGAUGCAGCUGCGCACCCUGAAGGAAGGGGACAAGGAAAUUGGUCCAGAUGGGGAUUCCUGUGUUGUGUGCUUUGAACAGUACAAGCCAAACGAUGUAAUGCGUGUUCUGACUUGCAACCAUGUCUUCCACAAGACCUGUAUUGACCCCUGGCUUCUGGAACAUGGGACGUGUCCACUGUGCAAAUGUGACAUCCUCAAGGUUUUGGGUGUUGAGAUGGAUGUAGAAAGACGGUCUGAGUCUGUGCAAGCCUCAGGAUCCAGUGGGCAGAGACCUGUAUCCACUGUCACCACGGUUAAUGAGGACGAUAAUCUCAGUGAGACAGCGUCAUCUGGAUAUGAUUCUGUACAGGGCCCGGAUGAAUCUGCUCAGGAAGCACAUGCACCAUCAGAAAGUGACAACGCACCUCCUGUAAAUGAAGAGUCCCAGCCCUCCACUGUGACUGCCCUUUCACAAGGUGACAACCCAGGUUUUGAGGGAGAUGAAACGCCAGUUUCUGAGGGCAGGAUCGUUUGUGAAGUCACGCUCUAAGGACGUGCCCAGCAACACGGUGCAAGCCUUCUGCAAGGAGCUGCCUACUGCCAUUCCAUAUUAUACCAAAAAUUGCAAGACUGUUGCAGAAAAUACUGCGUUGGCAAUGUUUAGAUAAAUAGACUUGUUCAAAUCAUAAUUGUAUGGUUUGCCUUUCUUAAAACUGCAUUUCCCAUGUGAGUUUUAGCACUCUUCAGAUAAAGGUGUCUUAAAUAUAAAGAAAACCAGCAGAUUCUAACGCUAAAAAAAAAGUUCCAUCUUCAACAAAGCUUCUCUUCAGUGUUUGAGCUGUUUAAAUGAGAAGAUUCUUUAUUGUUGUAGCUGUCUCUACUGGGAAUCGUUUUGAGUUGGGUUUUUUCGUUGUUUAUUGUUUUAAUUCAAGUGGAUUUUCAUUGUAAACAAAUUGAUUUUGAUUUGGUCUAAUGCUUAUUUACUACACACAGUUUUUUUAAAAACAGCACUGUAUUUAACGUUUCAGUGCACUAAUUUGAUAGGAGAAAGUGCGAACUAAUGCUUGUAAAACUGGAUUUCGUCCACAGUGUCUUUGGUUCUCUAGUAAACCAACUGAUUCUCUACCUCUCAACUCCAACCUGCCAACCACACAUUCCUAAAGGGGAAGAAAAGAAAGCUGCAAGCUGACAGGCCAAAUCUGACUUGCACAGUACUGUAAAGGGAACAACUCCGGGAACUUUUCAAGCCUUGUUAAUGUUAAACAGUCUGAAAGAUCCUCAAGUGAUUUGGGGACUUAUAACCAUCUCUAGCACCAGCAACAUGCCAGAAUCCUGGCUUUGUGGGAGUCUGGGAUGACUUCAGAAAGAGUAAAUUGAAGAUGAAAAGAUAGAUUCUUCCCAAAGGAUCUGCUGUGUUUUGUCCAGAAAACGAUCCAGCCUCUGAAAAAUGCUGCACUGUUGCCGUGCGUUGUCUUGCUCAAGUGCACAAGCUGCAGGGAGAGCUGACGUCCUGUGAGUGUGACAGAGGGUUGGAGAAGCUGUCUGCCACCUGCGUGGAGUUGGGAUGGGGUCAAGGAGGAGCACUGGGUGCCUCAAUAGUAAGUGACUUGGCCUUGCCCAGCAAAGGUAACUAAGGACGUCUUACAAAUGCACUUUAUUUUUUUACCUCUGUCUCUCUGACUAGUUUCUAAUAUUAGCAGGACUUUGUCUUAAAACCUGCAAUAAAGAACUUCAGAAUCUGGAGGGGAAAAGCAAUGCAUUUUAUUAGUUGUAGUACAAAUUAAAUGGUUGUAAAUAUUUCGUAAUUUGUAUUGAAUUUGAAUAUGAAAAUGUAAAUAAAACUCUAUUUUUGAUGA